AUGGACUGCUUUGUAAUGCAGGAGGUGCGAUAUGGUACCCAUAUGCUGGCGGUUGAAGAUGAUGACUGGUGGCUAGAGACUCGUCAGAGGUUGGAGGCUGCAGGUGAAGUUAUCACUUGGGAUUUAUUCCGUAGGGGGUUUCUGAGGAGGUACCCUAAAGAUGUCUGCAUGAAGAAGGAGAUUGAAUUUCUCGAACUGAAGCAUGGAAAUUUGUCGGUUAUGGAGUACGCUGCUAGGUUCGUGGAACUAGAAAAGUUAUAUCCUCAUUAUAACGAGGCAACUGCUGAGUUUUCCAAGUGUAUCAAAUUUGAGAACGGGUUAUGCCCAGAGAUCAAGAAGGAAAUUGGAUACCAGGAGAUUCGUAAUUUUCCAUAUUUAGUAGAUAGUUGCAGAAUUUAUGAGGAAGACAAUAAUGCUCAUUAUAAGAUUAUAAAUAAGAAGAGGGGUAAGCAGCAACAAAACUGUGGGAAGCCUUAUGAUGCUCCAACUGGGAAGGGCAAACAGAAAGUUGCUAAGGGUAAUAGGACUAGUGGGGGAGAUGCUCAUACUGGUAUUGUGUGUUUCAAAUGUGGGAAGUCGGGUCAUAAAAGUAAUGCAUGUACUGGUGAUGUGAAGAUGUGUUUACGUCGUGGUAAAGUCGAGCAUGAAGUAGCUGAUUGUAAGCACAAAGAAGUAAUUUGCUUACUGUGGCGAAGAAGGACAUAUUAG